AUGGUACCAGCUGAUCCAUCUCAAUGUAGUGCCACGCGGAAACGUGCUGUUUCAUGUGAUGGUGACAAAUUGAGUGAUGAGGAAUAUAUUUUGAAGAGAAAACGAAAUAACGAUGCUGUUAACAGAACUCGCCAAAAGAAGCGGCGAGAAGAAACAGAUACAGUGCUGCGAGUGGAACAUUUAAGGAAGGAGAAUGUUGAACUGGAAAAAAAGGUUGAAGGGCUUCAAAAAGAAUUGUCAUUUCUAAAGGAAAUGUUUGUUGCUUAUGCAACCGGUAGUCGGGCAAACUCGAACGCGAAUGAAGGAAAAAAUGAAGCAAGCAUGAGUAACGAGGAGCCAGGGUGUAGCCAUAACGGAUGUAUCUGA